AAGAUGACAACUUGGCACUAGCCCAUGACAAGUUUUUUCAGAUGAAGGUAAAAAGUGGUUAGAUACAAAGUGAUCGCGCACCCAUAUGAUAGAUUCAUCCAACAGAUAAAGUGACUUUCAAGAGUAUACAGCAAAAAACUGACUUUUGAGUAGAACAGAAUAUAUCAUUAAGAUGUCUUCAGUGACGCCGUCUUCGUCGUCGUCUGUGCCCGGUGUUUUCGUUAAGAGACUCAAAAAUAAGGAGCUACAAGCUGUGGUAGGAAAAUUUAAGGCUACUUCUCCUAAUCCACCUGCAAAAGCAUCUUGAACCUAUCCCAUAUCGGGAAAAAAUACAAUGCAUCAAAAUGUAUCUCAAGAUGGAUAAGGGGGAGCUCUAAGAAAUGGAGUGCCAAGGACUUGCUUGCACUACCAAAGCUUCCACCCGUGGUCUUGCGCGUAGUGAAACAGAAGCUCAACGCGCCACAUGCCAAUGACGCAUUAGCUGAUGAGGUUCUGAUCCGGAUCGCGCCAUAUCUGCUUGAGGAAAAGGGGCUCGAUAAGGUAUUGGAGACAAAUUCUACGUUAGUCAAUGUCUGUCAGUCUGCCUGGUUGGAUGACUGUCAUCAUGACCAGCGGAUAUUAUAUAUAGUUUAGUAGAUCGCCCCACCAGCACAUCACAGAUAAUUCAUGCAACAUCAACACCAUACAUUCGACUUUCAGGUUGUCGUUAGUUUAGACCCUUUCGUUGCGUUCCCUCUUGCCGUAUUCCUGGAGCAGAAGGGCAUAAAUAUUAGACGAGAGCCCACGGCACCGGGGGACGCGGCGAUUGUACCGACGCCUGGCUUUCUGGAUGGAGUGAAAAAAUCAGCAAAUCCGCUGCAACUUGUCGUACAGGGUGCACCUGCAAGUAAGCUAUGACGCCCGUCGUCCUUCAUGAAGCUCCUGCUUUUCUCUUUUGUGUAUGAAAACGCGACAAUUUCUGAGCUUCUUGUACGAAAUUCUAUAGGCACGAUAACUGAAGGUGAUAAGAAAGCAUGCUGUUUCUUGCGUUGAGUUUGUCAACCGAUAGCUGGUAGCGACUCGCACUGAUUACACCGGGAACUUCUUGUUUGACCUGUGUGGGAACAGAU